CUCCCACUCUGACGCAUGCGCACAUCGCCACACGUGUCGCAAGAUGGCGACAAACUUUGCAGAAAGACUGUGCCAGUUUUCCCCUCCUUCCAGCGACUGUCUGGCCCGGGCGUCGGCAGACGGACGGCUGCAGCUAUGGGACACGGGUUCGGGAGCAAUGCGACAGGAGUACACGCCGUCGGCGCACCUCAGCGCGACGUGUUCGUGCCUGGCGUGGGGCCCUCUGCGCGAGGCAAGGAAUGAACACAAGAAGAGGAAGAGAAAAUCGGACCAGAUGUCAGCCCUCUCCUCAUUGGAUAUUAUCGCCAUGGGAACCACGGCUGGCACCAUCCUGUUGUACAGUGUUGUCAAGGGGGAUCUACAGAGUCAGCUGACUGGAGGCCAUGAUGACAUAGUGAACUGUCUGUGCUGGCAUGCCGAGGAAAACUCCUUAUUCAGCUGUUCAGAUGACCAGCACAUCGUGGAGUGGACAGUAACAACAGCACAAGUCAAAUGUAAAUGGAAAGCCGACAAAGGAUCAGUCCAAACGAUCAGCCUGGGUCCAGGAGGGAAAACUCUGCUGUCUGCAGCCAGAAUCAUCAAGCUGUGGGACCUGGAGAAGAGGGAGGUCCUUCUGACUUUCACGGGCCAUGCAAGUCUGGUGACCUCCCUCCUGUUUGCCACACUGCCCCCUCCCCCUGCCAAUGGGAGGAGAAAAAGUGUCUCCAAUCAGGAGACGACAGUGGAUGGACUGUACUUUCUGUCUGGGGCUGUACACGACAGAUUGAUGAAUGCAUGGCAAAUUAAGAUGAAGUCUAAGGAGAAGACUGCGGUUGUUUCCUUCUCCCUGACAGAGGAACCGGUUUACGUGGACGUCUUGAAACCGAGACAGAAAGAUCAGCCUGCACACCUGGCAGUGGUCACCAGAAAUGGAGACCUGCACAUCUUCAAGUUUAUAUUAAAUGGGAGAGGCAAGAAGCCCCUGACCCCCCAGCACACGAUCCAGGUGGCAACCCAGGGGGGCCAGGCCACCCCCACCCCCCUCCCCAUCAUCGCAGCCCAGUUCUGCCCAGACCUGGACACCACCCUGCGGAUAGCAUAUGGUACUGGACUCAGGCCUGCUUUUGAGAGAAUACAAUGUUCCACCCUUGAGAAGCACACCUGUCUGAUCAGGACAGACCCUGGCCGAUCCUCCAUCACGCUGGAGGAGGAUGCUGGGAAGGUGAAGACUCCUGGGAAGGCCAAGGAGGUGACGGUCCUGGCACCGGGUCACAUGACACACCCUGCGGCACCAAGCAGCAAGAAGAACAAGAAAAAAUCAACACCUAAAGAUUUGAGUAUCCAGGAGAGACUGGACGUGAUCACUACGGACCAGGGGCAGACCUCCGGGGGAGACACCACCCCGCGGGCAGACACGCUGGCCGUGCUCCUCACCCAGGGGCUGCAGAGUGAGGACUCAGACAUACUGCAGAGGGUGUUUUCCAGUGCCAAUGAGACAUUGAUCAGAAACACAGUCCAGAGAAUACCUGUGUCCUUAGUAGUGCCACUGUUGAAGGAGGUGACUAGGAGAAUGCAUGGGAGAGCCGGCAGUGGGAUGACUGUGCAAUGGCUGAGGGCUGUGCUGGAAACACACACGUCUUACCUUAUGACUUGCCCAGAUGUCGUGUCCAACUUGGGAAGCCUGUAUGAACUCCUCGACUCCAGGGUUGCGACCUUCAGCAAACUCUCAAGGUUACAGGGCAAGCUCAAACUGGUGCUGUCACAGACUACAGCAAAGGAUGAGCAGCAGUGGCAGUUCUCCUCCAAACCCCUGUUGUCUUACAAAGAUGAAUCCUCUGAUGAGCAGGAUGAUGCGAUGGAGGACCUCCUACAUGGCCACCCUGAUUCUGAUGAGGACUGGGAGGAGAUGUCAGACAUGGAGACUCAGGAGCAGGAUGGGGAGCAGGAGGAGGAGGAGGAGGGGAGUAGUCAGGAGGAGGAUGGUUCUUCAGACGAAGUAUCCAGUGAAGAAAGUGACGAUGAUUGAACUCAGUGCAUCCAAGAUGGCAGCAGCACUCCUGUCAUCUACAUAUGUACGAACCAAUCAGCAGGCAAGACUUAAGGCUCAGCAGACAGAGGCAAUUUUAACCAGCCUUUCUGUUAUGCAUUUGGUAGUCUUUUCUAUCAUUGCAGUUGGACUUCGAUUUACAGAUACGGAAAGAAGGGAAUAUAAUCUGCCUGACCCAAAGUUCAGCUGCUUGUAGUCACCCCCGGGUUUUAUGUUUUAAAUAUAAUCCAAUGUUGGAUCUGUAAACACCGACGUGUCUUUACUAUCUGCAACAAUUACUUCUUGAAGCACGUCAGCUGCUUUCAAUAUAGCAUGUUUGUAUAGCAAAAGCCUAUACAGAAUUUUCUUUGCAAAAGUUGCAGGCGUUUCUGUACAGAGAACGAAAUUAGACAGUAUAAUAUUGUAGGAGAAAAAUUAUCAGGUCUAUGAAAUUAUUCUGUCAUUGUCUUCCUUUUCUUCUUUUAGCUUCUUUUUCAAGCCUGAACUGGCCUACUAGUAAGCCACUAGAUAGAACUGUGGUCAGGAAUACCAUAAAGGUUCUGUAUGUAAAACUAUGUACCAAACAAACUAAAAUUCUUAAUUUUCCCAUCUUUUGCUGUUCCAAUCUUGAGAAUUGUUCAGUUGACAUUCAGGUUGACUAUUGACUCUAAGGGGCCAGAAAAAGUGAUGAUUUCUACUAGCUUUUAUAAAUAUGGAAACAAGAAAGAUGUGAAAAGUGAUCCGUCUGUCUAGAUUAUACAGAACUGAUGGAAUAAAUCAGUCUUGUAUGUACCAAA